AUGGGUUCAGGCCGCGGUUCCGUCCCGGUGCCCGUCCCCGGAGCAGCGGCCCUGCCGCUCCCGUCUUCCGAGGUGCUAAAUCACCCCUCCGCUCCCGCCCCCGGGGGGGGGGGGCGGCCGGCUAUCUCCUGCAUCAAAGUGUCCCGCGUGCUCCAUCAGGCUCUCGGCUCUGCAGCAAGUCCUUCAGACUCUGGCUUCAGUCGCUCCCGAGCCGCCCUUCAAUCAUCCCCCAGCGCCGGUUUAGCGCGGCUCUAA